ACUUCCUUCCUUCCAAAUGGGCUCUUCCUUUUGCCGAGUUCUCCUAUUGGUUGGCGUCACCGCGCCAAUCGUCUGCAUGUCUGCAUCCAAUUCCAGUCUCAGCAACAGAGAGUCCCCCCGCCCUCCCUCCGUGAAGAGCAACCCAGCCUCUAAGGUGUCUCCCAGCAACACCGUGUUUGCCUUCUCCCUGUACCAGAGGCUGGUUCAGGAAAACCCAGGUCAGAACAUUCUCUUUUCUCCCGUGAGCAUCUCGACCUCCCUGGCCAUGCUGUCCCUGGGGGCCCGCUCAGCCACCAAGACACAGAUCCUCCGGAGCCUGGGCUUCGACCUCUUGAGCGCACCGGAACCCACCAUCCAUCUGGGCUUCGAGCAUCUGGUCCACUCCUUGAAUGUAUGCCACAAAGACCGGGAGUUGAGGAUGGGCAGUGUCCUCUUCAUCAGGGAAGAGCUGCAGGUGCAGGCCAAUUUCCUGGACAGGGUCAAGAAGCUUUAUGGGACAAAAGUCUUUUCCGAAGACUUCUCAGACACCUACACCGCCCAGGCACGAAUCAACCGCUAUGUGGAGAAGGAGACCAAAGGGAAGGUGGUGGAUGUAAUCCAAGACCUUGAUUCUCAGACUGCCAUGGUCCUGGUGAACCAUAUCUUCUUUAAAGCCAACUGGACACAACCCUUCAGUGCUGCCAAUACCAUCAAGAGCUUCCCAUUCCUUCUGAGCCAGGGCACCACUGUGCACGUCCCCAUGAUGCACCAGACGGAGUUGUUUGCUUUUGGAGUAGACAGAGAACUGGACUGCUCUGUGCUGCAGAUGGACUACAGGGGAGAUGCCGUGGCCUUCUUUGUCCUCCCUGGCAAGGGCAAGAUGUGGCAGCUGGAGAAGAGUCUGUCGGCCAGGAGGCUGAGGAAGUGGAACCGCUCCCUCCAGAAAAGGUGGAUCAAGGUGUUCAUUCCCAAAUUUUCCAUUUCUGCUUCCUACAACCUGGAAACUAUCCUCCCCAAAAUGGGGAUCCGUGACGCCUUUGACGCAAAUGCUGACUUUUCUGGAAUCUCAAAGUCACGCUUCCUGCAGCUUUCUAAAGCUGCUCACAAGGCUGUACUGGACGUCAGUGAGGAGGGGACAGAAGCAGCGGCGGCCACCACCACCAAGCUUAUAGUCCGCUCAAAGGACAGUCCUUCCUCUGUCAUCUCCUUCAACCAGCCCUUCCUGAUACUGCUCUCGGACAGAAGCACAGAAUCCAUUCUCUUCCUAGGGAAAGUUGAGAAUCCCACGAAGAUGUAG